CGGAAAGCUCAACUGAAUUUCGCCAAUUCGUGUCACUUUUGAUGUCAAUCUGUCAAGAAAGAGGGAGUUUGCUUUGAGCAAUCUUCUUUGUUUUACUCGAUGUUUAUGAUACAUAGUUUUUGGAAGUAGGAGACAUGCGUAGACUACAAAUGUUUUAUUGCAGAUAUCUCAGAAAUUCUGAGGUUGGACGAGAAAUACUAGGGGGAGAUGACAACACAGGAUGAUGAAGUAGUGAAUAUUUAUGGAAUGAGGUGAUUGAAAUGUGUAUCAUAUAUACCCAACCGUCAUCUACUCCGGCGCACUUUGUUAGAUGGUUUAGAAGUAGUUUGAAGUGCAGUUAGAGAUGGCCAAACGAAGAUGUGGAAUUAGCCCAUGACAUCAUUGGCUGUUGGACUGAACUGUGUUGAUAGAUACAGACCACGUUGAUAGAUUCCACUUAAAAAUCGCAAUGAGUGAUUGUAGAUGUUGAGUAACAAUGGUCAGAAUCAGUUGUAGUGUCAGAUGUAUUCAUUCUUUAUCUUCCUUUAGGUCUUGAAUUCCGAUGUUCCUUCAUUUCGAACCAUCAUCUCAAUCCUCUGACUCUCUUGCUGUCAUUGAUACUGCUAUUAUUUCGACUUUUCUCCUCGUCUUGAUAAUUUUACCUCGCUGCCCAGCUGUGGUUUGACAACUUUUGGUGAUUCUCAUGUGUCAUUCUACGAUGGAUAUAACUAAUUGUAAACAUCUAUUGUCUUAAUUUAUAGUAUGGGAAUUUUUCUGUACAACAGAUUGGUUGAACUUAACUUUAGCAUGAAACAUAAACGUUAUCUAAACUCCACUUUGGGAUCCCAUAAUGCUUGUGGCAUUAGAGACUCUUUGAUAAACGCAAUGUCGAAGAUCAAUUAUCUUGUUGUCACCUUUUCCUCUGAUCUCUCUUGGUCUUGUCACGCUUUAUUGUUAUCGAAGAAAGUUUCCCGUCUGACUUACUACAUAAAGAGACUGCAUGCUCUUGGGGUUACUCGUGAUUUAAUCUUACAAUUCGUCAAUUCUUGCAUAUUACCUAUUAUUCCUUACUGUUCUCCAUCAUUUUUUCCCAGACUUUUGAUAAAAGACUUUGCUGUAUUGCGGAGAGUGCUGAAGGCAGUUAACAAGGUGUGUGGUGAAUCUUUCGAGUUCAUACUUAAUAUGGUUGUGGAUAGACAUCUCAAAUCAGGCAAACUCCUGACAGGUGUUAUCUUAUCAGAUACUAACCAUCCCCUUCACUCAUAUCUUUCUCCUUGUAUAUGUUCUGAUAGAACAAGACGUAAUUACAUUAAAAUCCAUGCACGCAAGCAAAAGUAUAAAAGUUCUAUAAUACCUUACCCAGCAAAUAUACUCUGUGACGAACAGAUUGUUAAAGUUAACCUAGUCAAUAACCUGCAUUCUUAAAAUGUCUCGAAUUUUGAAAGUUGUACAGUUUUUCAGAUUUUUUUCUAACCUUUUUUCCUUCCUUUUUUGUCUGUUUUUGUUUUUUUGUAAAAGAAACUUGUUGAAAUACCUUGUGCUGAGAAUUCUAUAUUGUACCAAAAUAUAUUAUUGAAUAAAGCCAUUAAUAA